CACCACCCCACCGAUGAGCAUGGAGAACACAAGCAGCGUGGAGGAAUUCAUUCUUCUGGGCCUCUCAGUGAAUCAAGGGGUGAAGAAAAUAUGUUUUGUGACCUUUCUGUCCUUCUACCUAAUGAUCUUGGCAGGAAACCUGCUCAUUGUCAGCACUAUAAUUAGCAGCCAGCGCCUCAGCUCCCCCAUGUACUUCUUCCUGGGCUACCUCUCCUUUAUAGAUGUCUGCUACUCUUCUGUCACAGCUCCCAAGAUGAUUGCUGACCUCCUUGCUGAGAAGAAACCCAUCUCCUUUGGGGGCUGCAUGGCACAGCUCUUCGGGGUACAUUUCUUUGGCUGCACAGAGAUCUUCAUCCUGACGGUGAUGGCUUACGACCGCUACGUUGCCAUCUGCAGACCCCUCCACUACACCACCCUCAUGACCAGGCGCGUGUGUGGCCGGAUGGUGGUGGGCUCCUGGGUGGGAGGCUUUGUGCACUCCUUGGCUCAGACUCUGCUGACUGUUCAGCUUCCCUUCUGCGGCCCUAACCGAGUUGACCACUACUUCUGUGACGUCCACCCCCUGCUGCAGCUGGCCUGCACCGACACCUAUGCCGUGGGCAUCAUCGUGGUUGCCAACAGCGGGAUGAUAAGUCUGAGUUGUUUCCUCAUCCUGGUGGUGUCCUACGCGGUCAUCCUGCGCUCCUUGAGAAGCCAGACAUCUGAAGGGUGGCACAAGGCCCUCUCCACCUGUGGGUCCCACAUCACUGUGGUGAUCCUGUUCUUUGGGCCGUGCACCUUCAUCUACAUCCGUCCCUCCAGCAACCUGGCGGAGGACAAGAGCGUGGCAGUGUUCUACACCAUCAUCACCCCCAUGCUCAACCCACUCAUCUACACGCUAAGAAAUGAGGAGGUGAAGAGUGCCAUGAGAAAACUGUGGAGCAGAGGAGUGGGCAAUGAAAGCAGAAAGGUGUAGAGCAGGGACAGCCCUUCCAGAGGAUCAGAGGAAACAAAGCAUCUCUCGUUGUAACUCCUUGUGUGAAGGAUCCUUAGGAAUGGCCUUCAAAGAAAAACUUGCUGUUAGCUCCUGUUGUAAUUAGCAGGAGUCUGAAGGUUCAUUUCUUGAUUUGAAACACAUCAUGAACCCUGUGACAUUUCUACUCUCUUGUCACCUAGCAGAGGCCCAGGCCUGGGGCUCCUGAGUACUUAAACACCAAUGUUCAAAUAAAAACUAUCAAAAGCACUGAAAAUGUUGUCCAGGUAGAGCACCUCACUACUCAGAGGUAAGCCUUCACAUGAACUCCAUCUGCUCUGCCCUCCAUUCAGCUGGGAAAGGACCAUAGAGGACUAUGGACACCUGCUGUUGGACACAAAAGGCCCUUUCUGCUUGCAGUAAAUGGCUUUGUAUGAGAACCACACUGUGGAACCCUGAAUCCAUAGAGUAGCAUUAAAAACAAGUGUGGGCCAUUUGCUGAUGAAGCUUCUCCCCUUCCCCUGCCAGUGUAACAAAUUCCUUCUGUGGUGUUCAAAGCCAGCUGGGAUGGGGUUUUGACCAACCUGGAAAAUGUCUCUGCUCAUGCUAGAGGGGUUUGGAACCUUCAAAGGUUCUUUCCACCCCAAACUCUUCUCUAAUUAAGUGACCUUUGAAGGUUCCUUCCAACCUACAUUCUUCUAUACUUCUAGCCAUUUCCCUUAUCAGUGAUGCUUCCGACCAUCUCCUCUAUCCUUCAGCUCUGCCU